AUGUCCUGGAAAAUUGAUGAAGACGACUACAAUUAUACAAACUUUACGAUUCCAAAGCAACCACCCAUGGUUGUGGCAUUCUUGACAACUACAGAUGAUGUGUUACUUGCUAUUGGGUACCGUAAUCAUCCGGUGCUAAUCUGGAAUGCAUCAGAUUCAGUUCUACAGGGCCAGUGCACAGUUAAAGCCAACAACGGAAUAGAUGGCAUGGUCUUCAAUCCAAAUCCCGAAAUCACUGUCCUAGUUGUGUCAUUUAAUGACGGCAGGUUAUGUCUAUUUGACUAUACAAAAAUGCUCUUGGUAUUUACAUUACCAGAUCAGUUCGCAAACUGCUUUGCAUGCUCGGCUGAUGGACGUAGCCUAGCAACAGGCAGUAACGACGGGGUCAUUGAAGUUUUUGACUUCGAUUAUCGCCAUGACGGAAAUCCAGUUUUGACCUCCAUCUACCAGAUCAGCGUUGAUUAUGAACCAAUUCGUGGUCUUGCAUUUAAUUCUGAUGGAUUACGAUUCGUUGACAUCCGCGACCAAAAAUGUCACAUUUGGGUGCCGACAGCCCUCGUGAGGACUGAUAAUGAGCUAAGCAGUAUCCGCGAUGCUACUGCCUUGAUCAAAGGCUCCGGAUAUUUGGACGGUUUUAGUGGCAGAACCAAAGCUUCCAAAGCGAUCCCUGGAAUAUUUGAUGACCCAGAGGAGUCAGAAAUUACUAGCUCAUUGGUUACGUCUGGAGACGGCCAGACAAUUAUCGCAGGAAAGAGAGGCGGUACUGUGACUCUUUUUUUUACUGCAGACGGGAAUGAGAUCGGGGAAUUAAAGCAAAAUGCAGUGGGGUUCUCCAUUUUGGCAGUCGCAUAUGCUGAUUCGCGUAAUAUGAUCGUAUCAGCGGACGAUUCUGGGAGAGUGAUAACGGGCGAACUAUCCGUGUCCCCAUCUUACCUUGCUGGUUCAUCUCGGCAACCCGGGCAAAAGGUCACGUUGAAAUUCGUUGUCAUUGAUCGUCGUUUUAGCUGA